AUGUCUAGUCUUAUAAUAUGUUCAAACAACUCAGUUCCUUACCAAGGUUACAACACAGCAAAUGAUGACAAACAUAUAGAAGAGUUUAUCCCUGAGGAUAUUUACGUCACUACCUUAGCUAGGAGACUGGUAGAAAUCUGCAUUGACCUAACCGUCUGUUUUCUCUUGGCCUUACUUGGCACCAUCACCAACAUUUUGACAAUCAUAGUCUUCGCGAAGCAGAAGUUCAAGGACAGCGUUGCCGUUUCCAUGACAGCCAUCUCUAUUUGGGACUUGGUUAAGUGUUCAGGGUUUGCCCUACAAAGACUUUCAGGUCCCGUCAGUUUGUGGGACCAGGCUAAAGCUGAGAGCUGGGCAAAUAUAUCAAUGGUUGUGUUUACCUACUACACCUGCUUCGCCACGUAUGUUUCGAUCGUUCUAGCGGCUUACGUGGCUGUGGAGAGAUCCUUGUGUGUCAGUAUACCAUUCAAAAUAAAAUGGCUGAUUACACGUAAAAGCUCCUUCAUUAUCUGCGUUGUCAUUUCUUUCGUCGUAUUCGGGUGGUUUUCUGUCAUGUUUUGCGUCUUUGAUAUUGCGUGGGUGUAUAGCAAUCACUAUAAUCGAACAAUUGCCAUCUACGUUAACAGUGAAUUCUUUUACCAUUACAAACAGCCGGUAUUUCUCUUCUAUAACCUUUCUGGGAUCAUCUUGCCAGUCGUCUGCUUCGUCAUCAUCGUUAUCUCCACAUGUGUUGUUAUCUACCAUCUAAGGAAGUCGUCCAGGUUCCGAGCAGGAAGCGCCCAGUCCCACAAAUCCGAGAGCCAGUCACGUAAGUCCAAGCUUUGUUAA